CACCAUUUAGUUUCGAAUAUCGCCACUCUGGGCAACGACGUGUCGUACGUAGUGCUGCUGCCGUUGAUCGGUUUAGGGUUUUCUUCGUCUACCUCCUCCCAGUAUUCGGCGACCCGGUGUGUGAUUUGUGUGCUUACCUGGUUGGGAUUGCUGGAUCCCUGCACCGCACCCUUCUGUGCCCCUCGAGACAAGAAUAGGGUGCAGCCUGUACAGGAUUAGGGUGUGUGUGAGAAAGAGAACGCUCGGCUCGGGUCGGCGAGUGAAGGCGUAUGACGAGCAGCGAUGACGACAUAGGAUAAACAAUAGGAGCAAUGUUGGUGAUUUAAAUUUUGAACACCGACUUCAACGACUGAGUGACGAGAAGUGGAGUGUGUCUUACCCCUCGAAGAGAUUGAUUAAAUGGAAUUAGUGAAGCUACUAUCGGCGUUUGGGAGUGAUUAGCUAGCGCGAUUGAUUAUGCUAAUUGAUGAUUACUUAAUUUGGCUAAUUACGGCAACUAGUCUACUGUAGUGAGUGUGAGCUUGUGUUUGCACUGCUUUGGGGCUUGCGGCGAAUACAACAACUGAAGGGUGUGCUGAACGCCUAGGAAAAGUGAGACCAUCUGUUGCAAGGUGAAGUGCAAGUCCAGUAACAACAAACGAAGAGCGUGAAAUAAUGGUUUCUUGAAAACAGAAAUGUUUAUUUGAUCAAUUGAAGAGGGAAUCGCGUAGAUUCGUCGGAAAACAGCAGCAGUUAAAACAAGUGUGAUUGAUUCCGAUGUAAGUGGCCUCGGCGAGUAAACGAGGCGAAUUAUUACCUGUGCUGCACGUUCAAAAGUGGUACCAUAAAAUUAAACCACCCGAAUUGGUCUCAAACAUAAAACGGCCAUAAUUGUGUGUGCGUGAAUUUGUCGUAGUUCCAAAGUGAAAAUUGUGCACGGUUUUUGAUGAAACGCAACGACGCACGACAAGCGGAGUUUGAAAGUUGAAGUGCCCCACCGAUUUGAUUGCGAAGCCAUUAUCCGACACUGAUCGACAGUUAGUCCACAAGGUUUGAUUGAUUCUACCUUCACGGUGAAUGUGGUGAUUGCAGGUUCAAGUGCCUCGUAAAAAGAGAUAUCUCGAAGAGCCGCUGAUGCGGAAUGGUGAUUGACGGUUGCUGCGGCAGAUUGUCGUGGUAAAACUUCAACGGCCGAUCGAUCGACUGGAAAAAAAAAUGGUUGAAUGAAAAAUUGCGCGCUUUGUGGUGCCCGGAAAAGUGCGCCGAUUUUUCCUGAAAUUUGUUUGAAUUUGGAUGGUUUUGUGCGGAGUGCUGUGAAUUGCUGUUCGUGAGAAUUGAACCGGAAACACAACGAUCAGCGGACAGCGAACUUGAAAGGAGUGGAGUUUUCGUUCGUGAUAUAGACUACUGGUUGUGCAAACGCAAGAUGGGUUCCACGAGAGGGACGCGCCGGAUGGAUUUAUCGAGAUUAAUUAAAGCAUCACGAUGGCUGCUAUCGCUGGUGAUAGUGUCAACCCUGGUCCUGGCCUCCCAAGCGGACAAAACCAUGGACACCCGGGAGGGGGAGGAUGUGACGCUCAAGUGUCGCUUCAACGAGCACUACUCGGACCGGGAGUACUCGUACUACUGGGCCCGGCAAAGUCUCAACAAGUACGACAAUGUGGCCAUCAAGGCGGAUACCUUUAACCAGAACUACAAAAUCGACUACCGGCCGGACAAGGGCAUCUACGACCUGCAGAUCCUGAAUGUGUCCUACUCGCGGGAUAACGGUCGGUACGAGUGCCGCAUCAAGCUGUUCGGCGACGGCGAAGUCAUCUACGAAGACUACUACAACCUAACGGUGCUGACGCCACCCCAGCCUCCGUUAAUAUUCCCCGGCAGUGAAACCACUGCCACCGAGGACAAAGCCCAGGAACUGACCUGCAGCAGCGUGGGGGGAUCACCCGAUCCUAUGAUUUCAUGGUACCGGGAAGGCAGUACCACCCCGAUGGCGGCCAAUCUGAUCAGCGGUGGAUCGCGGGAUUUGCAAACGACGAGUACGUUGACGAUCAUUCCUCGCCGCGAAGACGACGGAGCCAAGUUCAUGUGUGUGGUGUGGAAUCGGGCUCUGCCGGAAGGCCAUCGACUGGAAACGGUUACAACGCUGUCCGUCAACUAUUUUCCCCGUGUCGAAAUUGGGCCGGAGAAUCCAUUGAGCGUGGAGCGUGACCAAACUGCCAAGCUGGAGUGCAACGUCGAUGCCAAGCCGAAACCGGAACGUGUGCAGUGGACCCGUAAUGGCCGAUUCAUAUCGUCGCAUCCGGUGCACACUAUCCAUCGAGUGUCGCUUCAGGACGCCGGAAAGUAUGCCUGCUCGGCUGACAAUGGGCUCGGCAAAACUGGAGAGCAGGAAAUUGUGCUGAACGUUCUGUAUCCACCGAUUGUCCAGGUCGAGUCUAAGACCAAAGAAGCCGAAGAGAAGGAAACCGUUCAGAUCAAGUGUAACGUUACGGCUAAUCCACCUCCGGUAACGAUCGAGUGGUUGAAAGAGGGCGAUCUGGAUUUCAGAAGGAAUGGGGAUACCCUGACUUUGCGAGACGUACGGGCCGAAGAUGCUGGAACAUACAUUUGCCGGGGCAUAAACAUCAUGAAGCCUUACGGAGGAAAGACUUUGGAGCGUGAAGGAAAUGCGUCGAUCGCCCUUUUGGUUCGUCAUCGUCCGGGUCAAUCAACAAUCACCCCAGAGAAACCCGUUGUUCACGUAGGUAAUAGUGUAAGCUUGAUGUGCAAAGCUGAUCCUCCUGGCUGGCCGCUGGCUCAAUACCGCUGGUAUCGUGACGUCGGUGGUGAGGUUUCCACUACAGUCAUCGCCCAAGGUGCCCAAUAUCUCAUUCCAAAAGCUGGACUACAAAGCGAAGGUAAAUACUACUGCCAUGCUGGAAACGACCUUGGGAAUGGAGGAAUGGCCAGUGCAGUGCUGGAAGUUCAUCAGCCACCACAAUUCUUGUCUAAACUUCAGUCCAACAUGAUCCGUCGUGCUGGAGAAACUGACUUCACAGUCACGUGCAGCGCCAAAGGCAAACCAGAACCAACGAUCACCUGGCUGAAGGACGAUAUCGAAAUCACCCCCGAUUUGCACAUGUUCGAAACCAAAACCAACGUUGAUAAGGGUCCGGACGGUAUGGUCACAGUUCUAAGCAUGCUCAAAUUUGUCGGAAAAGUCCGCUCUAAUGGAAACGAUUUGAUGCCUGGCGAUCGCGGUCAGUACACUUGCUUGUACGAAAAUGAAGUGAACAAGGCCAAUUCCACCAUGCAUCUGAAGAUUGAACACGAACCGAUUGUCCUCCAUCAGUACAACAAGGUGGCCAACGACAUCAGGGAAACCGCUGAAGUCGUCUGCAAAGUUCAAUCGUACCCCAAACCUGAAUUCCAAUGGCAAUUCGGAACCAAUCCUGCUCCAAUUAUCAACAACGAGCAUUAUGAAAUCAGUGCAACCUCGGACAGCAACGAUGUCUACACCAGCAUUCUGAAGAUCAACAAUCUCCGACAUCAAGACUACGGAGACUACCAUUGCCGCGUAUCCAAUGCUCUCAACACCAUCCACGUUCCAAUCCGGUUGCAACCCAAAGGAUCUCCCGAGAAACCAACCAAGCUGAAGCCGGUAGAAUUAGGCCCUAAUUUCGUGGUUCUGUCCUGGACUCCAGGUUUCGAUGGAGGUCUUAGCAAUACCAAAUACUUUGUAUCGUACCGCAAGAUCGUGAUUCCGAAUGAAAGCUUGGUAACAGACGAAUGUGCCGCUGUAGCAGCCAGCGGUGCCGAAUGGAUGGAGUUCGACUGCCGGCGGGAGGUUCCUUGCACGAUCACUCCUCUCGAUCACCACCAAAGCUACAUGUUCAAGGUGAAAGCUCUCAACACCAAGGGAGUUUCGGAACACUCGAACGAAAUCAGCGCUACUACGAAGGUAGAAAAGGUUCCAAUCCCUCUGCAUGCCUUGUUCGAUCCCGAAACCCGCAUCUUGGCAAUGAACAUCGGGACCACCUGUUUGUCGAUGAUUGCGAUCGUUGAAUCGGUCAUCUAUGGUGAUACUCCUAUGGCUGCUUGGCACAUCAUCGAAACGGUCGAGCUUGAUGUGAACGGUCAUGAGCCGACCUAUGUGGAGCGAAAGAUCGAGCAUUUUGUUGCCAACCGCCGGAAUAAUGGACGAUCGCUUGGAACGGGUCUGGAGGACAUUCCGCUGCCUGCGCUGGAGGAUGAGCUGAACCCAAGGGUUCGUGUCAAGCUCUGCUUGAAGAUCAAUCACGAAUACUGCGGAGAAUAUGUGGAAGCUGAUAUUGGUCCUUCGCUCAUUACGGAAGCAUCGUUCGUCGAACUGCCCACUCUCAUCGCCAUCGUAGUAUCCUGUAUCGUUGCUGGUCUAUUCGCUGUACUGCUGUUGAUGUUCUGCCGCUGCAAACGCAAGCAAUCCAAGGAGUCGGCCAAGGCUAAGGAAUACGAUAUCGAUUCGAUUCAUCCAUCAAUUGUGGCGCAACAGAAUCAGGCUCCUCCGCCGUACUACUCCGCUAGUAGCUUGGAGAACAAGGCUCUUGAGCAUUCCAUGGAUCUGGCUAUGGAUCAGAACACGGCAUUGUACGCUAGUCAGCAGACCUACGGCUACCAUCAGCAGAAUAACAUGAUGCCACAAGUCCAACAGAAUGAUUGGUCCAACAUGGGUUACGUGGAGAACUCGUACUCCAACUCGAAUAACGGCGGAAGCGUAAACUCACAGGACUCGAUCUGGCAACUGAAGAUGUCGGCUGCGGCGUCCAACUCGGCAAACAUGAUUCCACAGCACAACUACAUGGACCAACCGCUGCAACAGAACUACGGAUACGAUCCGAUGACUCACGGUGGCUACGGAGCAGUCGAUGACUACGCACCCUACCCGCAUCUGAUGACCACGGCCAGUCAACACGGAGGGGAUGACUAUCACCCGAACAUGCGCACCAGCCAGAACCCGUCGCGACAGGACUACUGCAGCGAUCCGUACGCUUCGGUGCACAAGCCCAAGAAGAGGAUGGACCAGCAUAUGGACUUUGUUGCCGAAUCGCCGUAUCACGAUGUCAGCGGACUGCCCGAUCCGUACAUGGAGCAGGAUGAGGUGAAAUCACCCGGGCCCAACCAGCACCUCUCGAUGAGCUACGACGACGCUUUGGCCCUGGAAAGUGGAUACUCAACUCCGAACUCGCGCAACCGACGUGUCAUACACGAAAUCGUCGUGUAGGAACAGCGCCGGCGAAAUCAAGCGAGUGCACAAGAAACAGGGACAACGAAAAUCUACUUAAAAACAUGGACAUGCAACAAGGAAACGCUUGGAACCAAGACAUUUAUCAGAAUCAGUAAACCCACGAGCAACGAUUUUAAGCAAGACAUACACACUCACAGAGAAUAGUUCAAAUUUUUUAAUCGAUAACCGGCAGUAAUGGCUGAGUAGCGUCCAACCAAAUCGAUGUUGUUUUACAAACAGAAUUGAAUCAUUGGAACGCUGCGAGCUACACUGCAAGAAAACGGGAGGGCAAAUGCGAAAGUUUAUAUAUUUAAAAAUAACGAUCGUCUGGACGAAACGGCUUCAGCCCAAGGGCUCUGUUUGAUCUCAAAUAUCUCUUUCUGAGGCAAUCGCUGGAUGGUGCGGCCAAACUGUGAUUGUAAAUAUAACCGUAAGCCUAAAUAAGUUUAGCUCCAGUUAUUUUUUGCAAGCUUUUUCCCGGAAGAAACGAAUAGGAAAAUUCUCACAUUGCACUCGUUGAUGCAAUUUUUAUCUGACAGCCUGCAAGCGAUGGCAGCAAAGUGGUUGACCGGCUCCGUAGUGCGCGAAACCGAAUGUGCCAUUUAGUGUGUGUACGUGUCAAAUCUCAGCAGAAACAAAACCGAAUGACAGGAUUGAAUUUACUCAAGCAUGUAAAACACGGGAGCAAUUACGGAGGUAUGAGAUAAAACCACGCGCAGCUUGAAGGUGAUAGUUUUGAAUCUUGAAACGGAGGAAAUAGUAUGAGAUUAAGGGUUCGAGAAACUUAGAUUGCUACUUAAGGUUAAGAUUAAACUCAUCCAAGUCAAAAGGAUGCGUUUUAAACGGUCGAUUAUAGCUGUACGUAGGAUAUUUAAGGCAAAAUGGUGCCAUUCACAAUUCAUUUCGAAGGGAGUUCUAUCGACAGUGAUAACUCGCUCGAAAUGGGUUCUGAUGAAUCUUCCACCUAAUUGUAGAAAUACAAAGCCGUGACACAUGACAAUAAUUAUAAUUCUAUAUAUUAUGUUCUAAUUAAAUAUGUUCAAAGUAUACAUUCAGUUGAUUUUGAAAUUUCGUCAAGUGCGAAAAGAGAACACUUGUUGGUUAGAACAUUUCACUUUGAUCAAUCCUUCCAUCUAGCAUUUUCCUUGAAAGAGGAGUGCAAUCUUUUCUUCUGAAGAAAAGCUCAUAACAUCACUUGGCAGUAACGCAAGUAAAUGUGUCCUCUUUGAACCGUAUCUUCAGUGUACUUUACACUUUAAACUCCUCACGUCGUUUGUGUGAGAUUAAUUCAAACUUGUAAAAUGUAAAUUACCCUCCUCAUCCUUCAACUCCUUGUAGUGUUAACGACUCUUCCCUCCGUAGAUGUUACAAAAAUAUGCUCGUUUUUCUACUUUUAGUUUAAGUUGCUAUUAUAUACGUUAUAAACACACUCAAACACACCGAUAAGGAUAAGAGCGCUAGGCGAGAAAUGAGUAAUUAAAAACUUGUACAUACCGAACACUCCACAAGCAGCGGAAACCGCCCUUAGAUUCAAUGUUGUAAAAUGGAACGAAAGUGUUGCAGUUACAGUAGCACAUCGUCUCCAACUCUCGCCCUUCACCCCACCUCCCACUCCAGUUGUAGAAAAGUCAACAGGCGCUAAACUAAAAAGGCUAAUCGACGCAGAAAAGCUUUCCUUUUGCUUGGACGUGGGCGACGACUCCUUCCCCGGAGGGACAAGAACAAGCUCCGAUUCCGGAAGCGAGAAAAGGCGACAAAUGACUUCUUUACAAUUUGGUGAGCGUCGGGACGCGAAACGGAAAAAACUGCAACUCCGUUAUGCACAUUCAAACACUCUCAGAAAUGAGCAGAAAUUAUGAAAAAACAAAAACAGAACCGAGAUAAGUUUCUGCGAACGAGCAAUUUAUUCAACAUUAGUAGAGCAAAAGAAAAAAAAAUUGAGCAAGAGAGCAAACGAAAGUUAUAUAGUUAACGAUGAAAGCACAACGACGUCAGAACAAGCAUC